AUGAAGGCUCUACUAAAGAAAUUUAUUAAAAUUGUAUUUUAUUUGAAUUUAAUAACAUUAUCGCUAUCAUGUAAUUUAAAUUAUCGUGAUGGACAUUGGACAAACGAAUGGCGUUUGCUAUUGGUGCAAGAAGGUCGUAAUGAAUAUAAACUGUUAAGAGAUCAUAAUGUGGCGGCAAAUAGUGACGUAAUUAUGCUGUGUAAUGGGAAUCCCAGACAAAUAACAGUACAUUGUGAUGCUCAAAACAGAUUUAAUGGAAAUGUGCCUUUGAGAAAUAAUUGUCCUGAAAAUCUUAGUAUUAGACCAGAAAGAAUUCAAGUACCAGCACAUAAUGCUCCCCAUUGUCCGUAUAUAUUAUAUAGAAUAGGUUUUAAUAUAGAAAUCAAUCAUCACAGACAAUUUCUGGAAACUUAUCAAGUGUGUUUCGAUCAUAGACAUCUGCGGACUGUAUUUACUAUUAAUAAAGCAUAUCCAGUGGCUGGAAUUCGUCCACAAGUUUUAAAAUUCCGCCCUGAUGAUUUUUUCUAUGGUGACAGCUUUCAUGCGUUCGACCAUAAAGUAACUGUUAAAAGAUUCAACAAACUAUUGGGUUCCACACAAGACAAAAUGAUUGAAGGCAAUCUUGAUCACAUUAUUGAUCGUGGCCAUUUAACACCUAGUGCAGAUUUUACAUUAACAAAUUACAAACGUUCCACAUUUUACAUGAUCAAUGUCAUGCCCCAAUUUAAAACCAUAGACAACGGAAAUUGGAGAGUUAUAGAAGAAUGGGCCCGAGAUUAUACUCGUACUCCAACAGAUAUUUGCACAGGUGUUUUAGAUUGUGACUUGGAUAGCAUUCGACCUGGAGAUUUAAAUUGUGUUGUCAAGCUACAAGACAUUAGAGGACGUUGGGUGCCAAUGUUUUUGUAUGAUAAACGCAAAAUACCAAUACCAUUAUGGAUUUAUAAAAUAGUAAAAACUAGACAACAAUCAUUUGUUUUCUUAACUUUAAAUAAUAUUCAUCAUCAAGGCCAAGUUCAACCACCACUAGGUAAAUGUCAGGUAAUCAAUUGUCCAUUUACAUUAACAAAUACCGUUAAAUUAGGUUGGACAUUCUGCUGCGAUUAUAAUACGUUUAUUAAUAAAAAUGUACCACAUUUAAGAUCAGUUUGUUAAAAUUUGAAAGUAAUUGUAUAUUUAUAUAAAGAAUAAUAAAAAAAAGUUUUUGCAUUUUAAAGUAAAAUUAAACCAAGAUGUAUUACUAAUAUUUUCUUUAAGUACAGCUAUUUAAUAGAGGUAUUAGAUUAAAAAGGUUUUAAAUAGUUACAGUUGCGGUUAUAAUUAGUAAUA